AUGAGCAGGGUUUCGAAGACUAUUAAAUUCAAUCCAGAGACUGACAAGUUAAUUACUCUGGCCGCAGGGUGCUUCUGGGGUACUGAACAUAUGUACAGGAAGUACCUUGGUGAUAAAAUAGUGGACUGUAAGGUAGGUUUUGCAAAUGGUGAUGAGACUACAAAGGAUAAACAAGAUGCAGUUUCGUAUAAGAGGGUCUGUAAAGGUGAUACCAAUUUUGCAGAAGUGUUGCAAAUAUCGUAUAAUCCAACCAUUUUAAGUUUGAAGGAGAUAAUUGACUUGUUUUUCAGAAUCCAUGAUCCAACAACAUUAAAUGCACAAGGUCCGGAUGUAGGGACCCAAUAUCGUUCUGGGAUAUAUACACAUUCACCAGAAGAUCGUGAUCAAGUCUUGAAAUUAAAGGAAGAGUGGCAAUUUAAGUGGGAUAACAAAAUAUUGACUGAAGUACAAAAUAUUAUGAAUUAUUAUGAUGCUGAAGAGUAUCAUCAAUUAUAUUUAAAUAGAAAUCCAGAGGGUUAUGCUUGUCCAACACAUUACCUUAGAGAGAUAUAG